AUGCUUUGGCGUGACAUGACGUUCACGGACAUGGCCAUCCGUGCUGGCGACAACGGCCCUGAGCUGGCCUGCCAUCGGGCGCUGCUUGCCAAGAGCUCCGCAGCCUUAGAGAGCAUGCUGAGUACUGCCAUGGUGGAGGGGCAGACUCGCCACAUUGUGAUCCGAAAUGCGAGCACCGAAACUCUGCGAACGUUCUUAGAGUACAUCUACACCGGGGAGACGCCCGAUGGCCUGCCGGUGCAGACUCUCGGCGAGCUGGUUUUCCUGGGUAACCAGUACGAGUUGACUGCUUUGGCCGAGGACUGUGCCGAGCGCUUGUCUGCGAUGCUCUGCCCGGAGAACGUGGUAGCCAUCCUUCAGGUCUUGGGCAGGCACGAAACCGUCUCCCCAUCCAUCAGUACGAUCUUGAACGCCACCUCUGCCAAGGUGUCGAAAGAUCCGGACCUGAUGCGCGCAGUAGUUUCCCAGCUUUGCCGCAUGCCAAACAAUCUGUGA